ACCUGCAAUAUGAUUGAUGCUAUAUAGUUUCUUCCCCGGCUGCACUUCUUCAUUUCUUCCUCCUCUUCCUCCGACAUGCACUUGUGAAGCGACUCGAGGAAUCCAAUAAGUGAGGCUAGCUCCAUUUCAUAACAGCUCAUCGGGCGUCCGUGCAGGCACAAUAUAACCACAUCUUCUGUGUCACUCAUAUGGGAGAUUGGUAUGAUAAACUUUCACAAUCUUUUAGGGAUACUGCGAAGGAAGUAUUGGCAAAAGCGGAUAUUGAUCCAAAUGUUAGGUGCUUCACAAGAAGACAGAUGAAACGCAUCACAAAUAACUACAGCACUACCUUGGGAAGAGGAGGGUUUUCUGUGGUGUACAAGGGUAUGCUCGACGAUGGCCAUUCAGUGGCAGUGAAACAAUAUAAUUGGAGAACACAGAAAAAGGAGUUCACAAAAGAAGUGAUCAUACAGUCCCAGUGUAGUCAUAGGAACAUUGUUAGAUUAUUGGGUUGUUGUGUGGAGGCAGAUGCUCCAAUGCUGGUGACUGAGUUUGUCCCGAAUGGAAACCUUUCUGAACUUCUGCAUGGGAACAUUGGUCAGCUUCCUGUCUCAUUAGAGACACGCUUCCAGAUUGCAUUGGAUGUAGCAGAAGCAGUUGUAUAUAUGCAUUACUCUCAAAAUCAUCCAAUCCUUCAUGGAGACAUCAAACCAUCAAACAUACUUCUAGGCGACAAGUAUGUGGCGAAGCUAUGUGACUUUGGAAUAUCUAGGCUUCUCUGCAUGGACAAUGAUGAAUACACGGGGUUUGUUAUAGGAAGUAUGGGAUACAUGGAUCCAGUGUACCGUGAGACUGGACGACUAAGCCCAAAAUGUGAUGUCUACAGUUUUGGGGUUGUUCUGUUGGAACUCAUCACCAGAAGCAAAGGGAUUGAUGAUCAGAACAGAAGUCUAGCUAGAGUUUUUGCUCACUCUAGUAUAGAUGAAAGAUAUAAACUAUUUGACAACGAAAUUGUAACCAACGAGAAUGUGGACUUCAUACAGGAAAUGGCAAACCUUGCACUUGAUUGUUUGAAGUCUGAAAUAGAAGAUCGGCCUCAAAUGAAAGAAGUCUUGGAACAUCUUUAUAGUCUCAAAAGGAAAAUGUUGGAACAGGAGAGGAAGAUUGCAGAGUUGAUGGAAGAGAGAAGGAUUGCAGAGUUGACAGAGCGAAGAACUGUGGCAUUUAGGGAAAUCAAGGCCAUAUUGCAAGAUAUUGGUUUUGAAAGACUCGUCACAAAAGAAAAAAUAGAUUCCAUCGUAGGCAACCCGAAACAGGUAUCAACCUCAGAGGCAUUUUCAGGAAAAAGUAGUGUUCUCAUUCAGCGUGCCAUUGGCAAGAUUUGCAUGGGACAUUUGAAAAACAUUCGAUUUAUCGUGAUAAAGAUGUCUGUUGAGGCUGAUGAGAUUUGGAAAGAGAUGUUUCUUUAUGAGAUGAUCAAGCAAUCUAGAAUUGAGCAUUGCAAUGUCGCCAAGCUUUUUGGCUGCUGCCUAGAUCAUGUGGAUGCCCCAGUAUUAGUUUAUAAGUAUGGUGACAUAGGCUUGCAUGAUGCUCUUUUCGGUAACGCGUGGCAGCAGUUUGAUUGUCCUUUCGCUUGCGAAAUACGUCUAGAGAUUGCAGUUGGUGCUGCAGAAGGCCUUGCUCACCUGCACUCACUUAAUGUGGUUCACGGCGAUGUCAGAACUGCCAAUGUAGUACUGGAUGUUUAUUCUAAAUCUAAGCUCGAAAUGCCUGGGAUAACUGCAUUUAUGGCAAAGAUUGCAGGUUAUGGAACACAAAGGCUCCUUUCCUUGGAUAAGGCCAAGCAUGAAAUAUUUCUAACAGAGAACAUCCAUUACAAGGAUCCACACUUCCUCAAGACUGGGCUCAUGGCUAAGGAAUAUGAUGUAUAUGGUUUUGGCGUGGUUCUUGUGGAGCUCUUCGCACAGAACAUGGUGCAAAUGCAUGACGUAAACAUGGUGCUCAAAGAACUUGAUGGCAUUCCUGCUAGAUGCCAUCAUCUUAAGGAAAUUAAGAAACUUGCUUCUUGGUGUCUUGCAUCCAAGGUGACGGAGAGGCCAGCAAUGGACAAGGUAGUACGAUGCCUUCGAGCUGUCUUGACAAACCUGCAAAAUCUUCAUGAUCCCUGCAACUGCAAGUCAAUGUAUAAUAAGUCUGCGAUGCAGUCCGAGCAAAUUACCAGUGCCAAGUCUGCCAGUAGCUGAUAGCUCCACAAUUGUGAUAUAGGAAGUUAAUACAAGUUCCCAAUUAAUGUGACCUAAAUGUAAUAUUAAUAUAUAUUGGUAUAUAUGUGUUUGUAGAACUAUUUGCUGGUCAAAUAUAGGGCAAAGCCAUAAACAGUAAUAAUAUUUCUUGCUGGAUUUUCUGCUGGGAUCCAGCGAUUGGAGAGACAGAAAAUGUACUGUUAGUAGUAGAGAUGGCAAUAAUGACAACACAAACCCUUCUAAUUGUGUUUCCAGCAGA